AUCGCAGCUAAACGGACUGCACGUCGUCGUCAAAGUCGUCAAGUGUUUUAGAGUUGGGAUAUCCGAUAACACCAGCUGAAUCGCAUAAUGGAGCCGACUUGGGCCAUACGUCCACAGGGUUUUGAUAUCGAGCAAGUGCGCCAGGCUAUGUUUAAAUCUUGUUUAAAUGACAAAAUCCAGUUCAUCAACUCCACGGACAACGUGAUUGAGUUAAUUGAGGCCUUCGGCGAACUGAUGUCACAGGAAGAGAUCGAAUUUGGCGCUGAGCCGCUGGCUGCGCUUCAAGUGGCAGGAAUGAUGCUCUUUAUGCUGCACCACAACGAUUUGGCCAGCACUCAAGUGCAGCGCACGCUGUUCAUGCAGCGCUGCUUCGAUUACAUGGCUUGCACCGAGGAGACGCACGUGCAUGACCUGUGCACACAGAUCCUCCUGCUGUGGGAUGUGAAUCAAUCGGAUAAUAUGCUAAACCUGAUCCUGUGCUGCCGCUACGCCAGCCCGCUGGGCACUAUGGCCCAAAUCGUCGGCAACUGCCUGCUCUGGGCUAUGCUCGAUAAGCUGACGGAUCUGGGCUUCAAUGAGUAUCGUCUGCGUCCCUAUCCGGAGUUGAUGAUGGCCAUUGCCAUGGUCAAUCCGUUGGUCUAUUUGCAAAACUAUUUGCAUUCGCUCAAUUUGAUUGUGCGCGUGAUUGCGGCACUCCUGAUUGCCGGGCCGUACGGCUCCACUGAGAAGUUACGCACCGAAGUGGGCGUACCGGAGCAUGUGCUCGAGUUUCCCAAUGCCGAUGCGGCUGUACUAUUUCGUUGGCUUAACACCAUUAUCGAGGAGCUGCGCGACGAGCUGCAAGUGCGCGACGGCCAUGUCCAGGAGCGCAUGAUCAUACUGGAGGCGUCAUGCGAGCUACUGAAGCUGGUGCAUGCUCAUCUGGCUGAUUAUUAUCAGAGCAUGUAUAGCAUUGCCGACUUCGAGGACGAUGGCUUCGUAUCGGACCAGCAGUGCGACAACGAUACAGAUUUCGAAUGGCUAGUAUAAACAGUUAUUCUAU